AUUUUUACAGGAAGUUCAGGCUGUGCGUCUCUUUUUUUAAAUUUAUGAGGGGGAGGGGCUCUGUCACAGGAGCGCCGGUACUUGAGCUCUCCGCCUGGUGCUUACUGUUCCUCCCAGUGGCCAUUGUGAAUGCUCGGCUAUGCGGUCCCUCGGAGGGUUCUUGUUAGUGUUGGGGACGGCCACGGCGGCCCUUUAUUUGCUAUCGGUGCGGCUGCCUGGAAAGCCACGCGCGGGAAGUGGGUCAUUAAAUUUUCCUUCAGACCUAGAGGAACUGCAAAAGCUUGCAGAGUUUCUACAGUACUACAAUAGAGAGCACCAUGCAUAUGUGCUGCUGCUGUUCUGCAGUGCCUACCUAUACAAACAGUGCUUCGCCAUACCUGGCUCCAGCCUUCUGAAUAUCCUUGCUGGGGCUCUCUUUGGACCAUGGAUGGGACUCCUGUUGUGUUCUGCCUUGACCUCCGUGGGUGCCACUUGUUGCUAUGGGCUGUCCAAUGUGUUUGGGAAAAAAAUUGUUGUCUACUAUUUUCCUGAUAAAGUCAUCAUGCUUCAAAGGAAGGUGGAAGAGAACAGAAAUUCCUUGUUUUUUUUCUUGUUGUUUCUGAGGCUGUUUCCCAUGACUCCAAAUUGGUUUCUGAAUCUCACAUCUCCAAUCCUGAAUAUCCCUGUAACUCAAUUCUUCUUCUCUGUUCUCAUAGGCCUCAUCCCGUAUAACUUCAUCGGUGUCCAGACUGGUUCAAUUCUUUCACAGAUCACCUCCCUAGAUGCCAUUUUCUCCUGGAGUACUUUAUUCAAGAUGUUGGCUAUCGCCAUGGUGGCAUUAAUUCCAGGAACUUUCAUGAAGAAAGUCAGUCAGAAGCAUCUCAGCUUGGACAAAAGUAACCAGAGUUACUUCCUCAAUGGAAGGAAGAGCAGCUGAGUGGGCUGGAUUAGGGCCAGAUAUUGUAGAAGCCUCUUUAUGGGGAAGGUGCAUUUUUUUUUUCAAACCAGCCAUUUUCUUUUUACUGAACUCAAAUCCAUGGCGCAGGCUUGGGCAUCUCCUUUCAGUAAUACUUAAGACAGAAUUUCUGUUCUUCAUGUUUUUUAAGAACUGAGACUUGCAAAUCUUUUUAAAACUUUCUUGUGACUGCUCCAAUGCGUUCUGUGACUAGAAUGCUGUUAUAGGGGCUGGAAAACAUUUUCUGUCAUGUGAUUCUACUACCAUUGACUAAAGCCAUCAGAGGCUAUAAGUCUUGGAGAAUUGUAAAUGCUGCUGGAAAGUAAGUUUGAGGUUGCUUUGGACAUGGAAAGCAUUUUCAGGGAAAGGUCACAUAUGAAUGAAGCAGCCCCAACUGAUGGCAAUCACUGUGCAUUCUAUGGGAUAAAUGUUGACUGGCUACAGUAACAGCACCAGCAACUGAAUCCUGUUACAUCCUGUACUGAAGGAACACAAUUUGAAUCUUCUCUCUUCCCUCUGCCAGUUUGGGAAUCUCAAAGAAGAGAGGUGGGUCAGGUAGGCUCAGGGAACUAUUGAGGCUUAUAGGACUGACUUAUCUCUUGCCUUUCUUUCUACGUACUGGUUUGUUCCCAGUACCUUGCUUGCUCUGGCAGCAGCUACUGUACUGGUAGAGCAGUUCCUAGCAGAGUCAGGCAAUAUUGCUGCUUUUGCAAAUCUAGAAAGCCCAGUUAAGAAUUAGUAGGGAGAUUAGAGGUACUUUGUGGGGGUGCUAGAGGUGCAAACUGCACUAAUUGCUGGUGAAACUGAAUUAUCUUCCCCUUAUGCAAUUCCCAAACAGAGGGUGCUAUGUAAAAUGGGCCUGGGAUCUCUUUUUGAAGGGUUCAGGCAUGGUGCCUAUUAAGGUUAACCUUCUUAUCACUUUCUCUGUGGCACUAUGCAUCCUGGAAAACCACAUUCUAUAAUUUUGCCAGUGGCCAAAGCAAAGACUUUACUACCCAGUGCAAAAUCAGUUUGCGUUUAUACUACAUUUUAUUUUCAUUGAAUGGAAAUAGUUGUGUAAGUCCAUUAGAUAAUCCACUGCUUCAGGGGUGAGAAACGUCAUUUUUGAAUGAGGCCAUUCUUUUUCAUUUGCUUCUUAAUACACAGUCAGAGCUUAGUAGCCCCAAUGAAGCCCAUUACACUUCAUCACAGUAUUCUGCAUCACCACCCCAAAAGUAUUCAGUAGUGGUCAACAAUCACAAAAAUCUAUCCAUUGAGAUAUCUGUUUGGCAAUUCUCAGUGGAGUGGUAAACCUGUAUCUGGGCAAUACCACCACUGUGAAGAUUCAUGCUUCUGUGUUGUUCUCUACAAAAACAAAAAAAAUCCAUCUAAAAAACUAGGUGUUGGUAAGAAGGCUAAUCUAUAACUGUUUUUGCUGAUGUCUGAAGUGACACAAGCUUACCAUCUCAAGAGUAAGUCCUAGACCAAUGUUUCGGGACCUCUAGCAUGGAUUGUUGGGUUUCUUGUGAAAAUUAUUAAUUUAGCUCAUCUGUGAUGGAAGAGGUGGCUUUGUUAAAUACUUUGCUAUCCUACUCUAGACUUGUCCAUGUUAAUGGCAAACUUCUCAGAAGGAUCCUUGUGCUAUACACUAGAGAUACAGUAAUAAAUACUGGUCUGACAGUUGUAUUGUAGCAAUUUGGAACUGAGAGAAGAGAAAAAGAAAAAUGAUUGACUUUAAUUAGUCUGUGCAACCAUUAUGUCUUAAUCAAGUGCCUUGCCUACUGUCUGUGUGUUUACAUGGAUUCUUAUCAGAUAAAUGGCAGUGAAAAUGAUUGGUGUAAGGUAUUGCUUGUAUAAAAAGAACAUAGUAUAUGUAUAGCUGAUUUACAUGGGUGACAUCUAAGUAAUGUACUAAGAGCUUUCUUUCCCUUUCAAAUUUACAGUGUAAUUAGGGGAAAACAUUCUGCUGCUGUUCAGUAGCUUACCUUUCCCUUUCAGCAAUGGCAGAAGGCAGCUAUUUUAGCACAGCUCAUGUUUUCCAGCAAUCCUAGAUUCAAAAAUACUUUGUAAUUGGCCUCCAUAAAAGCCAUUUGAAGUUAGGAUUGUGUCUGUGGUCAGGAGAGGUUCCCUUUGUGCAGGAAAUAGCACAGCCCUAUUAUGCACUAAUCUGAUGAUCUGAGAAACAGAGCAAGUAGUAAGAAACUAAGGCUGCAAUCCUGUGCAUACUUAGGACUACACCUCAUUGAAAUAAACAAGACUUGCUUCCAA